CUCUUCAGUUUUCACACACUUCAUUGCAGGCAGGCAGGCAGGCACAGUGACAUCACAAUACUCACUGCACAAAAAUCAAUCUCUCUGUCUCAACAACUCUCACACAUUGGAUUGAAUCAAUAGUAACAACACUCCACGACGUCGUUUUGGAAGUGUUGCUCUUCUUGCACUUCACUCUGUUACGACGUCGUUUUCUAACGCCACCGACACUCCUUCCUUUCAUUUCUCGCUUCUCCGUUUUGCAGCUGGAUAGCGAGCAUUGAUAUUUUCCAAACUGAAAUUUCUUUGGAAGGCAAAAGGGUAUUUUCAAAGCCAGUGUGUUGGAUGUUUAUCCACUUGAUAUCAGGUUAGAAUUGAAUCCUGAAAGUUAUCCACCAGCAUGAGUAGAAAACCUAUUGAUGGGUUCAAACCUGAGAACUCUUCUUUGUCGUAUGCUGAUUUUCAUCGUGAAGCUACCAAAGACGAGGCAGACAAAUCUUUAAAAGGUUUUUCGAAUCAACAAAAGCAAACUUGUAAAAGGGAAAAUGAUGAAGAUGAGCUUGUUAAGCACAUGAAAACUUUACCAGGUUAUUUGGAGAGGGGAGAAAAAAUCCCGGAGAAAGCUUUGAAUGUUGGGGUCCUUGAUUGGACCAGUCUGGAGCGUUGGCAGUAUAGCAAUAAACUUGUACCCCCUAGAAGUAGCCGGAACUCAACAUCUUCUAGUAAUACAUCAACUUCUAUUCGUACUGAGGAGUUAUGUGGUAAUUCUAGAAGGGGUCUAAAUUGGUCUCCUUCUCGUCAAAGGAUAAUCCCACAAUCAGUGCAAUCUCACUCUAUGGCUUCUGCAAAGCAAGACCAUUAUAUAGCUGUCAGAUCCUCUGGAGAGAAUGCUGGAAAUCGUCCGAAUCUAAGAGAUGGCAACAGUAGUAUUGACAUACAGCGAAAAAAUGUCCGGACUAUUGAUCAUCUUUCCCGAAACCAUCCUACAAGUAUACUGAAAGGAUCUGACAGGAAACAUUUACAUCCACAUAUUAUUAAGGAAAGUGGCAUCUUGUCACAUGACCAGACUUACGAGGCAGCAUCACAUGCUAAGUUGGAAAUGAGCACGCAAGAUGAUCAAAUGGAAAAGAAAAAGGAGAAUUUAAGAGAACAAAGUAGUGGUGUUAAUGCACAUGAUAUCCUUGGGAAAAAGAAACCAAUUGUUCUUAUUUUACCUAGAGACAACCCUCAUAAAAACAAUCAUUGUAGAGCUCCUGAUAUGCGAACAACCUUGGAUCAGAAGUUAGGAAGCCAUAGUCAAACAAGAUUAUUUGUAAAUCCGAAGGAACCCUCCUGUACAUAUCUGAAUUGCAAUGUUUCACACUCCUGUUCUCUGCCAGAUGAAUUUAGAGAAAGCCAUUCCCAGCCUAAAGAGUCACAACCUAGUUCCAUUGAUGCCGAAAGUUUCAAAAUUCCUGUUUCUACCUUUUCAGAACCUUUGGCACCUGUACCCGUCAGAAUGGGAAUGAGUCCAUGCAGAUCUAGAAAGGCCGAGGAAAGGAAGCGCCCUGUUGCUGUAUCUUCCUCUGCAAAUGCACCUCCUACAGAAGUAGACCAGAAAGUUACUACUGAGAAACCAAGAAGCUCUUCACCUUUCCGUCGACUUAGCUUCAGCAUGGGCUUCACAAAUAAAGUUUCUGGCUGUAAAGAGGUUGCAUAUGUUCCACACCAGAGCUCCGUAGCCACAAAUAAACCUAGUUCAGAAAAUGUGAGAGGUCAUGCUAGCUCAAACAUCACAGGCAGUGAUAAACCUGGAAAUGCUGGCAAAAACAGGUCCAGCCCUUUGAGGAGAUUCCUUGAUCCAUUGGUGAAACCAAAGGCAGCAAACUGCCAUAAAUCCAUGGAGUUAUCUCAAAAAGAUUCAGAAAAUGCGAGAGGUUAUGCUGGUUCAAACAUUUCAGGCAACAAAUCAGGUGCUGCUGGUAAAAGCAGGUCAAGCCCUUUACGGAGGUUACUUGAUCCACUGCUGAAACCUAAGGCAGCAAACUGCCAUCACUCCAUAAAUUUAUUUCAGAAAGAGUCUGUGGUAACAAAUAAGAGUGGUAGGUCAGGUAAUGGGAAAUAUUCCACUAUACUACCUGAGAAAGAAAUGGACAAGGACCAGAGGUUUGGUUGUUCCACAGUUAACACUGCGGAAUCGUCAAGUGAAGAGAGGUUUAUACCUUCUACGUCUCAAGCUCUACUGAGAAUAUCCAUGAAGAAUGGUCAGCCCCUUUUUACAUUUGCUGUUGGCAACAAUAGCAACAUUCUCGCUGCCACAGUGAAGUACUCAACCUUCCCAAGACAAGGUGAAUGCAGUUGUAUCUAUACCUUUUUCACAUUUAGGGAGGUUAAAAAGAAGAAUGGAAGUCGGACAAAUAACACAGGAAAAAGCAAAGGUCCUGAUUACGUUCGCCAUGUCAUUGCUCAAAUGAAGCUUUCUGAUUUGCACUAUGAUGAUUCAAAUAGCCAGAACCGUGUGGAAUCUAUCACAAAAGAGUUUGUUUUGUUUUCUGUAAAGCUAAAGCAAGGAGAUGCUCAGGUGGCUGACUAUCAGCCAGAUGACGAGCUUGCUGCUAUAGCUGUCAAAUCACCCAAAGCUAUCAAUUAUACACAUCAGCAUGAAUGCGAAGACCUAUUACAGGUAACAGUGGUGCUUCCAAGUGGGGUUCAUAGUCUUCCAAGUGAUGGUGGACCUUCGUCGCUGAUUGAGCGCUGGAAAACUGGUGGAUCCUGUGAUUGCGGAGGUUGGGAUUUGGCUUGUAAGCUAAAAAUUCUUGCCAACAAUAAUCAAACGUGCAGAAAAUCAAGAACAUCAGAAGCUUAUUUUGCAGAUCAGUAUGAGCUAUUCUUCCAGGGGACUGAACAAUGUCAAGAUAACCGUCCUGUUUUCAAUUUUUCCCAUUUUGAACCUGGAGUAUAUUCAGUAGCUUUUGGUUCAUCUCUUUCACCCUUGCAAGCAUUCUCCAUUUGCAUUGCAAUGGUGGAUGGCAAACUCCCUUACGAGGGAAAGAAUCGGGCGGAAUCUUUACUGGUUCAAACAGGGGAACUAAAGGGUCAUGGUAAAUCUGACGACAUUCCUGCAAGUUACGCUGCUUAUCCUCCUGUCUCUCCAGUUGGAAGGGUAUAAUUUUUAUGGAGUAAAGUCAAAUCUUAUGUCUCAUUGCCAUUAAGUGCAUAACGUGGGUAACAAGCAAAUAUUUGUUUUUUGACUAGAGCAGUAUGUUAUUCUUAUGUGCUGCAUAGGUGAAAGCCUUGCAAGCUCAUAACUCGAUCAUAAAUAAUCAUUGUCAACUAACAACUAGUUGAAGUGUGAAUAGCAGUAAAUUGCAUUUUAUCUUUUGGUAUUUCAUUUUUGUCUCACUCACCUGGUUGACCAAUAAAUCAUGUAAUUAGAGUCGUUUUACCGAAUGGGUAAGUGACCACAUUCAAAAUGGCAUCUUGAAGUUAUGUGAUGAACAAGUGUACUACUAAGCCUGAUUUCCAAAAGGGAGUUGACAAUUGAGUUCCAUAUGUAAAUUUUGGUAAAUCAUUGGUGUCAGAAUCUUAGAGCUGAGUUCAAUACGUACGUACUUUCAGUUUAUGAUUGGUGUUUCAACUUACAAACUCGAGAGAUUCGUACAUGAAUGAUUUACGGAAAGUACAUUUGGAACAUACGAAGUUGCAAAGGUUGAAGAAGUAGGAACAUAUAUGCCGCUAGUCCUCCCCAGUCUAUAGAUAUCUCAUUAGCAAGGAUGAUUAUACCAAGGCGUAUUAAUCUUGGAAAUCAGUUGCAAAUACACCCUCCGGUCACUAUUAUAAGCAAAAUUUUGCAUUUUAAAUUCAUUCAAUUAAUGAUGUAUAUAGUCUUUAUUAUAGACCAUAUACAUCAUUUAAUGAGUGAAUCUAAAAUGCAAAGUUUUGCUUAUAAUAAUGACCAGAGGGUGUAUCUCAUAGUUUCAUUGUAAAUAACUAAAUAUAAUGUUAGACCAGAAAUGUUAUUUGUACUAACUGUAGUUCUUAGCACAAAUCUUAGGAAUCACAGCUCAAGUCACAUGUUAACCAUAUCCAGGAAGGAAAAAAAUCGCAAGUCGCAACAGAAUUUGGGUUUAGGUCAGCAGUGACUACUGACUAGUGAGCACAAAGCUGGAAAGGUUGAUCAAGAAAAGACCCUUUGUUGAUUGGAGUUCAAGGUUUCAAAUAGGGUGUAAGCCAAAAGGCCACCAUUAUUUGUUGCAGUUUUGAUAUGAUCCGCUUGCUUUUUGAUUAAUCUCUGAUACUGAAAUCACAUAUUUCCCACAA